GUGGCUAGCUUCACAUAGGUGUCUCGACUCUCACACCGCAGUUGCUUUUGGUGUUGCUACUCGCUGUCAUUUCCAUUGGGACAGAGGGCAACGCGGCAGAACAGAGGUUAGGAAACAAACACCGCUGACAAGUGAAAACCAAAGCCCCCCUGGAGAAAGUUUUCCUGUGGAUCAUUUGACUGCAGUUUGGUUGAAGUGAAAGGAGUCUCCAUCCCACUCUGUGAUUGUUUUGGAGAGACAGGCGAGUUGUGUGCUAAAGGACUGCGAUGCACCGCUUAAGGACUUGCGCUGCCCGGCUGCGGCCGCUGACAGCCUCUCAGACUGCUCAGAACUUUUCACAGCAGAGGCGUGCGGCCGUACCAAGGACUUUUCAGCCAUUUAGGUGCUACACCGCACCUGUGGCUGCCGAGCCUUUCCUCAAUGGAACAAGCUCCAAUUAUGUGGAGGAGAUGUACUAUUCAUGGCUAGAGGACCCCAAGAGUGUUCAUAAGUCUUGGGACGUUUUCUUCCGCAAUGCCAAUGCAGGUGCUCCCCCGGGCAUGGCCCACCAGAGCCCUCUGAGCCUGGCCGGUCUCCCUCAAGCCCAGUCUUUGGCGGGGGCUCAGCCCAACGUGGAGAAGCUGGUGGAGGAUCACCUGGCUGUCCAAUCCCUCAUUCGUGCCUACCAGAUCCGUGGGCACCAUGUUGCUCAGCUGGACCCUCUGGGGAUUAUGGAUGCCGAUCUGGACUCUCACGUCCCCAAUGACAUUAUAACGUCCUCGGAUAAACUCGACCUGGCAAUGUUCAAGGACCGUCUCAGUAUUCUAACUGUCGGAGGCUUUUAUGGACUGGACGAGUCGGACUUGGACAAAGUGUUCCGCCUGCCUACCACCACCUUUAUCGGGGGCACUGAGACCGCCUUGCCCCUGAGGGAGAUAAUCCGCCGCCUGGAGAUGGCCUACUGCCAGCACAUCGGGGUUGAGUUCAUGUUCAUCAAUGACCUAGACCAGUGCCAGUGGAUCCGGGAAAAGUUUGAGAAGCCCGGCGUCAUGCAGUUCACCCUGGAGGAGAAGAGGACCCUGCUGGCCCGCAUGGUUCGCUCCACCAGGUUCGAGGAGUUCCUCCAGAGGAAGUGGUCGUCAGAGAAGCGCUUCGGCCUGGAGGGCUGCGAGUCUCUGAUCCCCGCCCUCAAGACCAUCAUCGACAAGUCCAGCGAGAAGGGUGUGGAGAAUGUCGUCAUGGGCAUGCCACACAGGGGUCGUCUGAACGUGCUGGCCAACGUCAUCCGCAAGGAGCUGGAGCAGAUCUUCUGCCAGUUUGACUCCAAGCUGGAGGCUGCUGAUGAGGGCUCUGGUGACGUCAAGUACCACCUGGGGAUGUACCACAGGAGGAUCAACCGUGUGACGGACCGCAACAUCACUCUGUCCCUCAUGGCCAACCCCUCCCACCUGGAGGCUGUGGACCCCGUGGUGCAGGGCAAGACCAAGGCCGAGCAGUUCUACUGCGGAGACACCGAGGGACACAAGGUGAUGUCCAUCCUAAUGCACGGUGAUGCUGCCUUCGCCGGUCAGGGCGUCGUGUACGAGACCUUCCAUCUCAGCGACCUGCCGUCCUACUCCACCCACGGCACGGUGCAUGUGGUUGUCAACAACCAGAUUGGCUUCACCACUGACCCCCGUAUGGCGCGCUCCUCUCCGUACCCCACUGACGUGGCCCGGGUGGUCAAUGCUCCCAUCUUCCACGUGAAUGCUGACGACCCUGAGGCUGUGGUGUACGUGUGCAACGUGGCCGCCGAGUGGAGAGCCACCUUCCACAAGGACGUGGUGGUGGACCUGGUGUGCUACCGGCGUUUGGGACACAACGAGAUGGACGAGCCCAUGUUCACCCAGCCCCUGAUGUACAAGCAGAUCAAGAAGCAGAAGGGAGUGAUGCAGAAGUAUGGCGAGAAACUCAUCGCAGAGGGGGUCGUCACGAGACAGGAGUACGAGGAGGAGAUUGCAAAGUAUGAUAAGAUCUGUGAGGAGGCACAUGUUCGCUCCAAGGAUGAGAAGAUCCUCCACAUCAAACACUGGCUGGACUCUCCCUGGCCUGGCUUUUUCAACCUGGAUGGCCAGCCCAAGAGCCUGACCUGUCCGUCCACUGGCCUGACUGAGGAGGAGCUGACCCACAUCGGACAGGUGGCCUCCUCAGUGCCAGUCGAAGACUUCACCAUCCAUGGAGGUCUGAGCCGUAUCCUGAAGGCCCGAGGGGAGAUGAUCAAGAACCGCACGGUAGACUGGGCCCUGGGAGAAUACAUGGCCUUUGGCUCUCUGCUCAAAGAGGGCAUCCACGUUCGCCUCAGCGGCCAGGACGUAGAGAGGGGCACCUUCAGUCACCGACACCAUGUGCUGCACGACCAGAACGUGGACAAGAGAGUUUGCAUCCCCAUGAACCACGUGGCCCCCAACCAGGCCCCCUACACCGUCUGCAACAGCUCCCUGUCUGAGUACGGCGUGCUGGGUUUCGAGCUGGGCUUUGCCAUGGCCAGUCCCAAUGCCCUGGUCCUGUGGGAGGCCCAGUUCGGAGACUUCCACAACACAGCCCAGUGCAUCAUCGACCAGUUCAUUUGCCCCGGCCAGGCCAAGUGGGUCCGCCAGAAUGGCAUAGUCCUGCUGCUGCCCCACGGCAUGGAGGGCAUGGGCCCAGAACACUCCUCUGCUCGUCCAGAGAGAUUUCUCCAGAUGUGCAACGAUGAUCCUGACGUGCUCCCGACCAUCACAGAAGACUUUGCCAUUCGUCAGCUUCAUGACUGCAACUGGAUUGUGGUCAACUGUUCGAACCCUGGCAACUUCUUCCACGUGCUGAGGAGGCAGAUUCUGGCGCCCUUCAGGAAGCCUCUCAUCGUUUUCACCCCCAAAUCCCUGCUGCGCCACCCCGAGGCAAGGUCCAACUUUGACGAGAUGCUGUCAGGCACAGACUUCCAGCGCCUGAUCCCAGAUAAUGGCCCAGUGGUCCAGAACCCAGCCGGGGUGAAGCGCAUCGUCUUCUGCACAGGGAAGGUGUACUACGAACUCACCAAGGAACGCAAAGCCCACGGCAUGGAGGACACGGUCGCCAUUGCUCGCAUGGAGCAGCUGUCCCCCUUCCCCUUCGACCUGGUGAAGGCUGAGAGCGAGAAGUACCCCAAUGCCGACCUGGUGUGGUGCCAAGAGGAGCAUAAGAACCAGGGCUACUACGACUACGUCAAACCCCGCAUGCGCACCACCAUCGAUCGCGCCAAGCCAGUCUGGUAUGCUGGUCGCCCUCCUGCUGCGGCCCCAGCCACAGGAAACAAGAAGGCCCACCUGGUGGAGCUGAAGAAUUUCCUGGACACUGCCUUCGAUCUGGACGCCUUCAAGGACCAGAUGUAACUCUUUCUUCCCGCUUCCUCUGUCCCAGGAUAAGGGGUAUCCUUCACCCUCCACUGCAACCCAGAGGCCUCUCCUCCUCCGUCCCAUAUGCCCACAUACCCCCUGGACUUGGCCCUCAGAGCAAGCCUACUCUCCUAGUGGGUGUCUCUGUCUCUAGCCCUCAACGGCAACAGUCCUGUUCAUUUAAGUCAUUGCUAACUUCCCCUACCCAGGCCCUCCUUCAUCGACUCCCCCUAGUCCUGUCUCAGCGUGCCCUAGCCCACCUUCAUCAGACACAUGCCUCAAGACCACACAUUUAGCAGUAGACAGCCAGUCAGGGGUCAGGAAAGCGAACCUUUGUACAGUCAGUGAUCCUUAUCUUGGUUUUUAUUUUCUAUACCUGUAUUUCUCUGGUUAACACUCCACUCACCAACACUAUAACCUUCUUGUGUUGGGUGUUGCUUAAGCCCUGUGUGUGUGUGUGUGUGUGUGUGUGUGUGUGUGUGUGUGUGUGUGUGUGUGUGUGUGUGUGUGUGUGUGUAUAACCAAAGCACAUUGUUUAUAAAGCUUUAUAUAUUUUUCUGUGUGUUUCAUUCUGUUGCUGUCACAAUGAUGUCAUCCUUUUGAAAAGCGUAACUUACACGUUUCAUCCCAGGUCUCCUUACAUAGCCAAAGGACGGGGCAACUGUUGCAACCAGUUUAAAAUCAACUUUCUCAUUCUUGUAAUGCCUAUUAGAAUAAGAGGUAUUGAAUGCGGAAAACGGGAAAUAUUUUCACUGUCACAUUGUGUUCAGUGAAAUACUAGUACAUUUAACAUGACAAAUGCUCUUUUAUCCAUCUUGCACCAUUUCUCGCGAAAGAGGCUGAGACUUAGAUAAGGGAAAUUGGAGUGAUGAACCAGUGAGAUGAGUUGGUACCAUGUUUGCAUUUAUAUAUAAGGAGUGUUGAACUGGUCAAAUGAGUUGGUACCAUGUUUGCACUUGUAUAUAAAUUCACAUAGGAGACGUUUGUAAAGGAUUGUUCAUACAGCAUUGUCAGGGCAACUUCUGUCUUUAGAUACAUGGCCACUAGUUUUAUUGUCCUACUGCAGAACAGGGCAAGCAGGUUGGAGCUGAUUCUCUCCCCCCCCCCCCCCCCCCCCCUACAUGUAGUCCUCUCAUGACUCUAGCUAAACACUGAUCUCAUCCAGAUGACAUAAACUAGACCUGGCACCUCUAGAUGUCUCUCAACAACUCAUGUACUCAUUUUCCUCUUGCAACCCCUGUGCCAAAUUUGUUUUCAAGCAUUUAGCAUAAUUUUGAGGGUGUAUGAAUGAAUUGCCACAGGAGUCUUUUUAGCUGCAUAACUAAUAAUAAAAAACAGGAUAUCACCUUUUGUUUGAAUGGCUCCACAAGAAAGCAAAUGAUUUAUUUAUUUUCAUAUAGUGGAUUAAGAUUCUUUCCAUUUUAUUAUUUUUGCUUCAUUCAAUAAAGACUAUGUUCCCAAAUCA